AUGAAGCCAUACCUUGCCAUUUUUAUCAUCAAUACAGUCAUCAGUGUCCCCUUAAACCGGUCAGAAUUUGUUGGCAACGAUCAUGUUCAGUUGAUGCCGUUGGAAAGAGACGGAGAAAUCAAUGAAAAGUUUCGACAAGAAAUGCUUUUCUCGCACAAUCUCAACUCUAUGGAUACAAAUGAAUUAGCAGCCAGUAUCAGGGAAAUGUUCAAGAUGACUGACACGAAUGAAGACGGAUUUUUGACUUUAGAUGAACUAAAACAACAAGUGCGGAAAAAUAUGGAAGAACAUCUAGAAAAAAGCAAAAAUGAUUCAGAAGCGUUCUUUGAAAUUAUCGACGUUGACAAAGAUGGAUAUAUUAUAUGGGAGGAGUUCGAGCCGCACUUUAGCCAGAUGCAUGGCAAGGAUCACGAUGAAAACGAGCUCAUGAAUGCUCAUACAGAAGACCCACAUCGUGUAGACGAUGAGAAAAGAAUGUUCAACCGUUCAGACAUAACUCGAGAUGGAAGACUGGAUAAAAUGGAAUGGCAUGUGUUUCUACAUCCAGAGUAUUCUGCACAAGGUCUUGUAGAAAUCGUCAACGAUUUGAUUGAUGUCUAUGACAAAGACAAUAACAGACUGAUCUCCCGUGAUGAAUUUGUCAACGGGAUUCCUGGAACAAUUGAGGAGGAGAAUUCGGAAUUCGAGAAAAUGGAAAAAGCGGAGAAAGAAAGAAGACUGGUAGAAUUCAAUACUGAAAUCGACACCAACUCCGACGGUGACGCAUCUUUUCGUGAGCUGUACGAAUACGUUGAUCCACAAAAUUUCCGUCUCGCUUCCAAAGAAGUAAACAACAUUAUGAUGCUUGCGGAUGCGAAUAAUGAUGGUAAAUUAUCGCUGGAAGAGCUUCUGGAACGCGAUUGGUUACUUGCUCGUUCCAGUCUCCUGUCAGGUCGCAACAGCCUCCACGACGAAAUGUGA